GAGGAGUCUGAGCUCACAGUGUCCACCUCCAACACCAAAACGAAGAAAAGCUCAGGAAAGAAUCGCAGGAAGCCUGUGGAAUCCGGCCCGGGGCUUCCGGAUAGCAGCACUAUGAUGAUGACGGCGAUCGAGAGGGAACCCGAGUACAGAGAACCUCGUAACACAGCUCGAACCCGUAACCACUCGGCCAGCGUGAAGCUGGAGAUCCCCAAAACGGUUGCAGCGGUGGACAGCCCUCUUAAACAUAAUGGCGUGUGCUCGGCCAGGCCUCGGCGGAAGGCCCCGGAGCGACGACUUCAGUGGGAGUCGGGCUCGGAUUCGGGCAGCUCAUCGGGUAGCGUCAGGGCCAGCAGGGGAUCAUGGGGCAGCUGGAGCAGCGUAGAAGGAGAGAAAGACCCCAGCAGAGCACGACAGAGAGAUCCAGUACAGUACAACAUUUACACGUCCGACCGUGAUUGUUACCCGCCACCACACUGCACCUUUAAAACUCAAAGCAUGAACAAUCUGUACGUGAACCCUGAACCUCCUGCUCUCUCACAAAGCUUCGCUGACAUAGCUGCAGGUUUGGACAGAAGCUCAGAAACGGGCGGUGCAUACAUGCCAGAGGAGACAUGGUCCGCUCCUUCUGUUCCUCUCACCAAUGGUUUCAGGUACAACAUGCCGGAACCACGCAGCGCCUACAAUCAGAACUCCAACUCCAACCCCUUUACUGGUUUCCUGUGGAAUAACACAGUCAGUCAAUGCAGCAACCCGUAUUCUUCUUAUUGCCCCCAAAUAACUACAGGCUACCAGGGAAUGGAAAUUACCAAAACAGCUUCCGUGCCGUGA